AUGAUUAUUAAGCUCUUCUUUCUCUUAUUCUUCAUCAACUCGUGCCUAGGAUCUUUCAAUCUUAUGUGCUCUUUUGAUUUUGUCGAUGACUUGUGCACCUGCCGAUUCCUAAUCUAUAAUCCAGAUGGUUCAAAUGACUACACAAUUGGAGGAAAUCCCAUCACAAACUGCUCAUUCAAUGAUACAAUUCAAGUCAUUUCUUCAGGAAAAAGCUUUAACAUUCCAUCAGUCAUCUGUGAUCGAUUCCCAAUGCUUGAAAUUCUUCAAAUGGAAGGAUUGGAAAUUAGCACACUUGACCCAAAUCCAUUUUUAAACUGCAGAAUGCUUAAAACUUUAAAUUUGGGUUACAAUAAUAUCUCUGAAAUUAUUCCAUAUACCUUUAUGAACACCAAGCUUGAAUCACUCGAUUUUCACAGUAACAGCUUAGAAAAGUUAGAUCCAAAUGCAUUUUUCAACCUUGGUCAACUAAAAGUAUUAGUUUUGCAAAAUAAUCCAGGAAUAAUUUUACCUGAAAAAAUAUUUGAUCCACUUUUGGGACUUGUUUCGCUUAAUUUACGUGACUGCAACUUGUUGGAUAAGAAUGCUGGAUGGUUUGGAAAGUUGAAAAAUCUAACAGACUUGAACUUGUCGGUUAACUCAUUUACUACAAUUCCAAACUAUGCAUUUAGAAAUUUGACCAACCUUGUGAACCUUGACAUGUCAGUUGGUAAAAUUACAAGCAUUGCUUCAAAUAGCUUCACUUAUAAUGUUAACUUGAAGACAUUGAGGAUUAACAACAAUAAUUUGACAGCCCUUGGAGCAAACAUCUUUGAUAGCUUAGGAAAUUUAGAGAUUUUAUCAUUAUCAAUGAAUAACUUUACAGCUGUAACUUCAAACAUCUUUAAACCUUUAGUUUCACUACGUAAAUUGUCGUGCAGUGGAUGCAACAUUCGUGAUAUAAAGACAGAAUGGUUUGAGACAUCAAGAAACUUAGAUUCAGUUGAUUUGUCAUGCAAUCAAAUCAGUCACAUUCCAGUCAAUACAUUUACAUCAAUUAAUCAGCUAAAAUUCUUGUAUAUAAACAGCAACAGUAUCUCAAACCUUAAUUCAAGGUCUUUUGGAAAUUUGAACAGUUUAUAUACACUUGAUGCAAGGGAUAAUAUAAUUUAUGAAAUCGAUCAUUACUUUAUGAAUCAAUCUACUGUAAUGAAACAUGCUUCUUUCUCUGGUAAUGACUGCGCUGAACUUAAUACAGAUAAUUUUAUGGAAGAUAAGACAAAUGUUAUGCAGCAAAUGACUGGAUGCUUUGAUAAUUUUGAUAAAAUAAAGAUUGAACUUGAAACUUAUAACUCAACACUCUUCGACUGGCAUAAUAUCCGUCCAAAUGAUGAUUGGCAAGCAUUAAGAGUGAGGAUUCAGGCAGCAGAAAAUGCUCACAUUGGAUUAACAGACUCACUUGAUCGAGGAGAUCCAUUAGUUGAAAUUCACAUUGGUGAACGAGAUAAUCGUGACUCGAGUAUUUAUGAACGUGGCGAAAGAGUCUUGCUUGAUAAUGAGCAUCGUCGACUGAAUGAGAAUGAGAUGAGAACUUUUAUAAUCGGAUGGAAGUUUGGGAUUGUUAUGGUUUAUGAAGAAGCUGAAAGAUUUCCAUUUAUGGCUCAUUUUAUUCGCGAACCAUUUCCUGUAAACUUCUUUGGAUUGAGGACUAAGAUUAAUACUUAUAACAGUCAGAAAAAAGCAACCUGGAAUGUGUCGAGAAUUCAAGGGAAUGAGAUGUUGUCCUUGCUUCAAUUUUAUAAGCAAUUAAUGAAUAAAUAAAAGAAUUAAAAUCAGUUAAAAAAUAAAUAAUUAUAAAUUUUUGUGUAAAUAAAGGAUUCAAUUUCAAAGCAUAAACAAUACAAC